UGCUUUCGUGAAUACAAAAUCCGCCCAGUUCCCGAAAGACAAAUUAAGGGCAGAUUUAUUGUAUGCAGCUUCGACUUCCGGUGCAGGGGAGAACGGUGUACGUAUGCACAUAGUGAUGCUGAACAAAAAGAAUGGAAUAGUUGUGUUGCAAGGCAAAUAUCUUCAACGCCCAGGGAGUAUCCAAGAGAAAAGUUGCCUGCUGACUAUAAGUUUAAUAAGACAUUUAGUUUCAGUACUAAGGAAGAAAUUGAUGUUAAAGCAAAGAUGCUUACUCGGCAUAAUUACAAGGAAAAAUUUUGCAAAUUAAUUGAUUUAGAGAUGGAGGUUCAUUCAACAAUAUUGAAGGAAAGGUGUGAUGGUGUUCUUCGACUGGUUGUAGAAAAACAAGGUCAACAAAAUUUUCGUUCCAUGUACCUUCUAGGUAUUUCUGGUGACAACAUAGCUUAUGUCACACAAGCAAGCAAUUUGUUUACAAUGAAAACUGAAGGCAGUAAUGUUGUUUUGGGAGAAAUAUCGAAAGAUAAUUUCAAGCAUACUGAAGAUGUUCUCUAUGUUCGGGUGAAAGAAUAUUUAAAAUUUUUGAAAGAGUUUCGUGUCUUGCCACAGCGAUUCGAGAGGGAAUUUACCGUCUGUUUUAACCUUAAAAGUCACUAUUUUCAAAAUCUUAGAAACUUCGUAAAUUCAUUGAGUGAUGUGAUGAUUUCACGUCUUAUUCCAUCAAGUUUUAGUCCAUUGAAGCUUAAAAAUCUUGAAGAUAAAUGCAGGGAGGUUUUGAAUUUACAAAGAUAUUCAGAAGACCAGUAUAUGGCUCUUACUAAAAUUGUAUCGUGCCCAGAUGGCACUCCACCUAUUCUUGUAACUGGU